GCGCCGCGCCGGCCGGGAGGCGGGGGAGUCCAGGCCUUGGGAGAUACAUAGGAGACUCCCAAGAUGGAAGCUUUAUCUUUCCCCAGGUACAAUGUAGCUGAGAUUUUGGUUCACAUUCGGAACAAGAUUUUAACAGGAGCUGAUGGUAAAAACCUCACCAAGAAUGAUCUUUAUCCGAAUCCAAAGCCUGAAGUCUUACACAUGAUCUACAUGAGAGCCUUACAAAUAGUAUAUGGAAUUCGACUGGAGCAUUUCUACAUGAUGCCAGUGAAUUCCGAAGUCAUGUAUCCACAUAUAAUGGAGGGCUUCUUACCAGUCAGCAAUCUAUUUAUCCAUCUGGACUCAUUUCUGCCCAUCUGUCGGGUGAAUGACUUUGAGAUUGCUGAUGUUCUAUAUCCAAAAGCAAAACGGACAUGUCGGUUUUUAAGUGGCAUUAUCAACUUCAUUCACUUCAGAGAAGCAUGCCGUGAGAAAUACAUGGAGUUCCUUUGGCAAUAUAAAUCUUCUGUGGACAAAAUGCAACAGUUAAACACUGCACACCAAGAGGCAUUAAUGAAAUUGGAGAAGCUUGAUUCUGUUCCAGUUGAAGAACAAGAAGAAUUUAAACAACUUUCAGAUGAUAUUCAGGAAUUACAACAAUUGAUGAAUCAGUUUCAUCAAAAAACAGUAGUGCUUCAAGAAGGAAAUUCCCAAAAGAAAUCAGAUAUUGCCGAAAAAACCAAGGGUUUGAAUGAACUGAAGUUGUCCCUGACUGCUUUGAAAGAAGUACAAGAAAGUCUGAAAGCAAAAAUUGUGGAUUCUCCAGAGAAGCUAAAGAAUUAUAAAGAGAAAAUGAAAGAUACCGUCCACAAGCUUAAAAAUUCCAGGCAAGAAGUGAUGGAAAAACACGAAGCUUAUCGAGACUUGGUUGACUGUCUGCCUUCGUGUCAGCUGGAGGUGCAGUUAUAUCAAAAGAAAAUACAAGAUCUUGCAGAUGAUAGGGAAAAACUAGCCAAUGUCUUAAAGGAGUGCCUGAACUUGGAAGACCAAAUUGAGAGUGAAGAAUCAGAACUGAAGAAAUUAAAGACCGAAGAAUACUCAUUGAAAAGACUGAUGAUUGUGAAGAAGGAAAAACUCGCCACAGUACAAUUCAAAAUAAAUAAGAAACAUGAGGAUAUCAAUCAGUACAAACGCACAGUAAUUGAGGACUGCAAUAAAGUUCAAGAAAAAAGAGGUGCUGUCUAUCAGCGAGUGGUCACAAUUAAUCAAGAAAUCCAGAAAUUUAAGUUUGGAAUUCAACAGCUAAAAGAUACCACUGAAAGGGAAAAACUGAAAUCUCAAGAAAUAUUUCUCAACCUAAAAUCUGCUUUGGAGAAAUACCAUGAAGGCGUAGAGAAGACAGCAGAGGACUGUUAUGCUAAGAUAGAUGCGAAAACAGCUGAAUUGAAGAAAAAGAUGUUCCGAUUUCAACCUGAUUAACAAGAAUGCUGCAUUUCUGCUGUGCAUGGCUUGCCAUUUUUCUUAAUCAGUUCAGAAAGGGAAUUGCUAAGUUGAAGCUAAUGGUAAUGGAAGUGUCAUGAUCGCCAAAUGUCAGUCUGCACUCCUGUACUCUUGCCGGUGGUUAUUUUCUAAGAGUGCACUUUCACAGACUCGCUAUUAAAAUAGCUCGUACUGCUCA